GCCCCCCGCUCCCUCCCCACGACAAGGCCAAGCGCGCACGUUCUUGUUUCCUUCUCGCCCGCGGAGACGACGCGACGGAGCCAGGGGCGAGGAAGAAAGACACGCGCGAAAUUUCCGGAUAAGACCAGCGCCGGCGGCGGCGCUGGCAGCCUUUCGUCUUCUGGCUUCUGUGCUCCGACCUUCGCUGCUCCCGCGAAUCCGCUUCGCCUAGGCUUUUGCUGCGGCUCGAUUUGGUUAUGCUUGGCUGAUUUUGAGCGCGCGCGCGCGUGCGGGCGUGUGUGCUUCUUUUCCCUUUUCUGGGAGGAGAGUUUGCCGUUCUUGGUUUAGUUUUUUUGGGAACCUUGAACCGUUUCUUGUUCGAUUCUGGGAAAAAAUUAUGCUUGAUUUGGCUGUUCCUCCGCUGUUUUGGAGUUAAUUCGGGAGGUUUUUGAUUUGGUGUAAAAGUCUUUGAUCUUUGGAGCUUCUCUGAGUUCGGAUUUUUUUGCUUGCACAACUGCAAGAAUCAUGAGGGAGAAGUAGAUUCUAGAAGCUUCUAGAUUCUCCUCAUGGAGACGUCGACCAUAAGCUUCUCCUCCUCGUCGCCGCCGUCGCCGCCGCAGCCGGCUGCAGCCAACCUCGACGCCGUCAGCCUCGACCGCCUCAGCAGAAACCUCGAGCACCUCCUCGACCCGGCCUUCCUCAACUGCACGGACGCCGAGAUCAUCCUCGCCACUGGAGGCGGCGGGGACCCCGGCGCCGCCGCCGUCGGCGUCCACCGCUGCAUCCUCGCCGCCAGGAGCCGCUUCUUCUACGACCAUUUCUCUUCCGCCCCCGCCGCCGGCGGCGGCGGCGCCGGCGAAAAGCCGCAGCUGAAGCUCGACGGGCUGGUCCCCGGCGGGCGCCACAUCGGGCGAGACGCCCUCGUCGCCGUUCUUGGGUACCUGUAUACCGGCCGCCUCAGGUCGGCAUCCCCUGAGGCGGCCGUCUGCUUGGACAACGGCGUCGACGGGUGCACCCACGACGCGUGCCGGCCGGCGAUCGACUUCAUCGUCGAGUCCACGUACGCCGCCUCAGGCUUCCAGAUCUCCGAGCUUGUCUCCCUCUUCCAGCGUCGACUGUCUGAUUUCGUGUUCAAAGCUUUGGCUGAGGAUAUACUGCCAAUUCUUAUAGUUGCCGCCACCUGCCAGCUUCCAGACCUGCUAAAUCAAUGUAUCCAAAGGGUUGCCAACUCAAAUGUUGACAAUCGCUACCUCGAGAAGCAGCUUCCAGAUGAUAUAUAUGCCAAGGUGAAGGAGGUUCGUGUGCCUGAUGAAUCACACACUGCCAUUCUGGACCCUGAACAUGAGAAAAGGGUCCGGAACAUCCACAAGGCCUUGGAUUCUGAUGAUGUUGACCUUGUUGGCAUGCUUCUAAAAGAGUCUCCGGUUACCUUGGAUGAUGCAUUUGCCAUACACUAUGCCGCAGCCUACUGUGAGCCCAAAGUGUUGGCAGAAUUGCUGAAACUGGACUCUGCUAAUGUGAAUCUGAAGAAUUCAAGUGGAUACACGCCGCUUCAUAUGGCUUGCAUGAGACGAGAACCGGAUAUCAUCGUUUCGCUUAUAGAAAAGGGGGCCUCUGUGCUGGAAAGGACACAAGACGGGCGUGAUGCUCUUACAAUCUGCAAGAGAUUAACAAGAGAGAAAGACCGCAAUGAGAAGGCAGAAAGGUGCAAGGAGAGAAGCAAGGCCUACUUGUGCAUCGGCAUCUUACAGCAAGAAAUAAAGAGGAAAUUAUUCAUUUUGCAGGACCAGAUGUCUUCAGAGGAGUCAAUUGUUACACCUCUGCUGUAUGAGAAUUUUCACAUGAGGCUACUAAACUUGGAGAAUAGAGUUGCCUUUGCAAGAAUAUUUUUCCCUUCAGAAGCCAAGCUUGUCAUGCGAAUAGCACGAGCUGACUCAACUGAAGAGUUUGCUGGUCUCACAUCAGCUAGUUUCAGUAAACUGAAGGAGGUUGACCUAAAUGAGACCCCCACAAUGCAAAACAAGAGGUUACGUGAACGCCUUGAUGCCUUGACAAAAACAGUUGAGCUUGGGCGACGGUACUUCCCACACUGUUCAGACGUUCUCGACAAGUUUCUCAAUGAAGAAUCCACCGAUUUGUUCUUCCUUGAAAGUGGCACAGCAGAGGACCAGCAAACCAAGAGGAUGCGCUUUUCUGAACUCAGAGAGGAUGUUCGGAAGGCCUUCAGCAAAGAUAAGGCAGCUGGAGCUGCAAUAUCUUCCUCAACAUCGGCAUCGUCAUCACCUCGGACUGAAGGAAAGGUUAGACCUGGCAACAGGAAAGGGAAGUUUUCACGGUAAUACCAGGAGUGAAGUCUAAUCUGCAGGGUAGCUUCUGCUGCGCUGCAACAUCCUCAUCUUCACCAGCAAUGCUUGAUACUUGAUAAAAAGGGGGUAAACAGGGCCUUAGAAAAUGGAAGUUAUUAUGGUAAUAUCAGAAGUCCAAUCUGUUGAACUUGCACAGCUUCAGAAAUGGUGGAGAAAAGGAAAGUAGGGUGGCUGCUUUGACAGGUAGGGGGUGCAAUGGAACUACUUAUCCAAGAAAAAACUGAAAGCAUAUCUGCAAUAGCGUGCUUACUUGCAGAGCAUUUCUUAUAGUCGCUGUGAUCUGACAUAAUGGCAUGGAUUUUGGUAUGCUAAAAAUAAUUGCCAAUGGUCACUUUCACAAUGGGUGUAGCCCUCUUGUAAUGUUUUUAACUAAUUAGUUAAGUGCUGCUAGAGUGUAACAGUUUUGGUAUGAAUUGACUUCCACUAUGUCUGAAAAUGUUUAUGCGGUAACUUUAGAGUUACUAUUUUAUAUUUAUACCAUCUGCUUAGUUCCUUCUUUUGUGUCAGUGAUGUGGCUAGUUCCUAGUCCCUCAGGCUUAAUCUAGUGCUGACAAUGGAAAACUAGAAUAAGGAAUGUGAGUGUUAAACUGUUGAGUA